UUGAAGGUUGGGCUAUAAAGCCUCUCCCACCCCGUGCUCAGCAUUGUACACUUCUGCAGCCUCCUAUUCAGCUUCCUCUGGGGAACACUGGUAGAAUUAAUAUCACCUACAAGAUGUCUGAUUAUCAGCACAAACAGCCUGUGAGCCUUCCCCCUGUCCUCAGCCAGGAGCAAUGUAAGCAGCCCCUGCCCCAGAUCCCUGUCCCUGUUCCACAGGAACAAGUGAAGCAGCCCACACUAAUACCAGCACCGUGUCCAGUGCCCGAGCAAGUCCAAGAUGUGCAAGAAGAGUGUACAAUUCCUGUGCAAUGUGUUCCUGUUCUAACUCCACAGUUGGAACAGAAAGGAGAGCAGCAAAUGGAACAGACAGACCAUAGACAAAAGCAGCAGCUGGAAGAGCAGCUGGAGCAUAAGCAAGAGCUGCAGACAGAAUAUAAGCAAGAGCAGCAGCUGGAGCAACAGCUGGAAAGUAAGCAAGAGCAGCAGUUGGAAAGUAAGCAAGAGCAACAGUUGGAAAGUAAGCAAGAGCAACAGUUGGAAAGUAAGCAGGAGCAACAGCUGGAAAGUAAGCAAGAGCAGCAGCUGGAGGAGCAGUUAGACCAGCAACUGGAAUAUAAGCAAGAGCAGCAGCUGGAAAAGAAAGAGGAACAGCAGCUGGAGCAGCAAGAAGAACAACUAGAGCAACAGCUGGAAAAGAAAGAGGAGCAGCUGGAGCAGCAGCUAGAACAUAAGCAAGAGCAACAGCUGGAAAAGAAAGAGGAGCAGCAGCUGGAGCAACAGCUGGUGCAGCAGGAAGAACAACUGGAGCAACAGCUGGAAAAGAAAGAAGAACAUCUGGAACAACAGCUGGAUCAGAAAGUAGAGCAGCUGGAGCAGAAGGAAGAACAGAAGCUGGAACAACAGCUGGAGCAGAAGGAAGAUCAAUUGGAGCAGCAACUGGAGCAGCAGCUAGAGCUGCAGCUGGAGCAGAAAGAAGAGGAGCUAAAGCAGCAAUUGCAAUUAGAGGAGAAGGAAGAGCAGCAGCAGCAGCAGCAGCAGCUGGAACCACAACAGGAACCUCAAGGGUGUAUUGAAAUUCCCAUCCCUGUCAAAGAGCCCGAGCUUGUCCCACAGAUUCCAGAGGAACACUUUCCUCCUGUGGAGCAGCAGCAGCAGCAGCACAUUCAGUGUCCCUUCAAACAACAGUAAUUUUCCUCAGCUUCCCCAUUGGGAAUAUCUUCUUUCUACAAAAUGAAGUGUGUGUGUGUGUGUGUGUGUGUGUGUGUGUGUGUGUGUGUGUGUGAGAGAGAGAGGAGAGAGAGAGAGAGAGAGAGAGAGAGAGAGAGACCCCUCAGCCUUACCUCAUGCUUUCUCCAGCCUGGGAGGUCUACCUCAUCCUGUGAAUGUCCAUGAUUCCCUUUCUCUCUCUGUAUUUCUCAUCCAUCUCUAGGACAGGGGGCAGUCACUGAAAGAGGGGAGACCACUCUCUCCCUUGACCUGCCUUCUCCCUCCCCAUCCCAACUCAUCCACACCUUGGGAAUUGAGGCUUUACUCACUGAACUGUAUAACCUUUGUGGUGUCAUAAAUUUUCAUCCUUAAGUUUUGUGUCCUGCUAAGGUGUCUGUGUGACCAUCUCGAUGUGAAUGGGCAUUUGUGCUUCUAGCAAUAAAUCUUGGAAUCCCUGAA